UCCAUGGAGGCUCAAGGACAAAGCCUAGGAAUUAUCCAGGCCUGUCCAAAAAAUGAUAACUGUAACCCCCGACCAGUAAAUUCCAAGGUUACAUACCGUCACCCAGUCAUAUGAUGCCAAGGCUUGUACCACCCUGCUUGCGGUUUUUCCCUUUAAACUCUCCUCAUCCUGAGAGCUCAGGUCCAUGGUUCUCCACCCGCUGUGUGGAGUGUUGGGCAUGGACCAAACCCGGGCUUGCUUGUUAUCCAAUAAACCCCUGUGUGUUUUGCAUGGAAUAUCGGCUCUGUGGUGAUCUUGCUCUGGGGUCUCACGAUGCAGCUGCGAAAAUGGCAGCUUUCUACAUGGGUAAGGAGCAUCCCAGGGCUUGCUUCUUCUCUAUGCUAAUCCUCUGGGGAUCUCAAAGUGAAUGGACAGGGCUCUCUUUUGACCUCUGGUUUAUGAUUAUCCAGGAGCCAGCCAGUUGGGCACCAGCCCAGCUCCAUUCCCCAGAUAUGAUACAGGCCCUGGCAGGUUCCGGAUGUCAAACUAGAAGCUCAGCUGUGGUAGCAGGGAAUAGGGGCAGAUAGACAGGGUUGGUGUCUCUCUGGGUCUAGAGUCUCACAACCUUCCUGGGUGUUCAAGGAUAACAUGCUUUGCUUCUUAGUAUUUGCUGAAUCUUGCCAUUGGGAACACGGGAUUCUGACAUUUACAAAUCCUGCAGAAGAAACACAGCUGGGGGAUUGGAAAGCCUGUACCUGGGGCUAUAAGGGAGCAACUCAAGCAGAUUGGAAUGUCUCCCCUGGAUGCUGAGCUCUGAGACCCAGAAGUUUCCCCCAUGGCUUCUUAUCACAUCCGCCAGUUCCAGGAGAGGGACCGCAAAAGGGUCCUGGAAUUGUUCUCCAGGGGCAUGGAGGAGCACGCCCCUGCCACCUUCUGCCACCUGCUGAAACUGCCCAGAACCCUUCUGCUCUUACUUGGGAUGCCUCUUGCCAUAGUCCUGGUGUCUGGCUCCUGGCUCCUGGCUGUUGUAUGCAUCGUCUUUCUGCUUCUAUUCUUGUGGUUCCUUGCCGGCCAGCCCUGGAAGAAUUAUGUGUCCAUGUGUUUGCACACAGACAUGGCUGACAUCACCAAGUCCUACCUGAGUUUGUCUGGCUCAGGUUUCUGGGUGGCUGAGUCUGGGGCACAGGUGGUGGGGACAGUGGCUGCUCGGCCGGUCAAGGAUCCCCCGUUAGGGAGGAAGCAGCUGGAGCUCUUUUGCCUGUCUGUGUCCUCACAGCAUCGAGGACAGGGGAUAGCAAAAGCCCUGGUCAGAACUGUCCUCCAGUUUGCACGGGACCAGGGCUACAGUGAUGUUGUCCUUGCAACUGGCCUUUUGCAGCAAGGUGCUGUGAGCCUCUACUACAGCAUGGGCUUCCAGAAGACAGGUGAAUCCUUCAUGAACAUCCUCACCUGGCUUGUGGAUGUCUCUCUAAUUCACUUCAUAUACCCACUCCCUUCUGCUCAGGAACAUGAACUGUGAUCUUCUCCCUCUGUGUGUCUGUCGGCCUCAAGCUCACUGUGCUAUGGAAAAAGUAACCCUGAAAUUGUAGUGGACAAAUCAUAAAAUUGCCUUUGCCAUU